ACAGAAAAUCGAAAGUGAAAUGAAAACCGGCUGCAGUCUCCUGAGUCCCCCGAAAAGGUCAUCUCAACAUCUCCACAGUGCUGCUUAAUAGGGACAUUCCACCAUGGCCUCAGAAAAGCCCUUGGCAAUGAUGUGGGAGGAGGUUACAUGCCCCAUCUGCCUGGAUCCCACAGUGGAGCCUGUGAGCAUUGAAUGUGGUCACAGCUUCUGCCGCGAAUGCAUCUCUCAGGUGGCAAAAGCUGGGGGUGGCACCUGUCCUACAUGCCGGAAGAAGUUCCUGACCAAGAGCUUCCGGCCCAAUCUUCAGCUAGCCAAUAUGGUGGAGAACUUAAGACAAAUCAGCCAAAAUACCAAGGAGGGCACACAGAAGGAACAAUGUGCAGUGCAUGGAAAGAGGCUUCACCUCUUCUGCGAGACAGAUGGGAAGGCUCUUUGCUGGGUGUGUUCCCAGUCCCGGAAACACCGUGACCACUCCAUGAUCCCAAUUGAGGAGGCUGCUGAGGAGUACCAGGAGAAGCUCCAGGAAGCAUUAAAGAAACUGAGAAAAGAGCAAGAGUUUGCUGAGAAGUUGGAAAUGGAUGUUACAAUGAAGAGAACAGCCUGGAAGGAGAAGGUUGAGACACACAAAUUGAGGAUUCACUCAGAGUUCGAGCAGCAGAAAAACUUCUUGGUUGAAGAGGAACAGAGGCAACUGCAGAAGCUAGAGAAGGAAGAGAGGGAACAGCUGAGAAUCCUGGGGGAGACGGAGGCCACGCUGGCCCAGCGCUGCCAGGCCCUACAGGAGCUGAUCUCAGAGCUGGAGAGGAGAAGCCAGUGCUCAGAGGUGGAGCUGCUGCAGGAGGUGAAAAGUGUCCUGGAAAGGAGUGAGUCCUGGAAACUGGGAGAGCUGGACAUCAUCUCCCCAGACCUGCAGAGUGUGUGCCAUGUGCCAGGGCUGAAGACAAUGCUGAGGACGUGUGGAGCACACGUCACCCUGGAUCCACACACAGCCAAUCCGUGGCUCAUCAUUUCAGAGGAUAAAAGACAAGUGAGGCUUGGAGACACCCAGCAGAAGGUGCCUGAAAAUGAGAAGAGAUUUGAUACUUAUCCCAUGGUCCUGGGUGCCCAGUGUUUUGACUCUGGAAAAUUUUACUGGGAGGUAGAUGUGACGGGAAAAGAGGCCUGGGACCUGGGGGUUUGUAGAGACUCUGUGAAGAGGAAGGGGCAUUUUAUACUCAGCCCCAUGAAUGGCUUCUGGACAAUUUGGCUGUGGAAGAAACAAAAAUAUGAGGCUGGCACCUGCCCGCAGACUCCCCUCCACCUUUCGGUGCCCCCACACCAAAUUGGGAUCUUCCUGGAUUAUGAAGCCAGCACCGUCUCCUUCUACAACAUCACUGACCACGGCUCCCUCAUCUACACCUUCUCUGAAUGUGCCUUCACCGGGCCCCUGCGGCCUUUCUUCAAUACUGGUUUCAAUGAUGGUGGAAGAAAUGAGGCCCCUCUGACCAUCUGUCCUCUGAGGAUGGGAUGAUGGGGUUCCACUGACUGUUGAUGGCUCUCUCUGGACACUGAUUCCUCCUUUGUUGAUAACCCUCCUCUCACACUGACCCUGCCUUACUUUCCCAUGAACUCUAAACUACCUUUGUCUCUGCAGAGGUGUCGGGAUACCGGCAAGCCAAGUGUGACAAGGAGGUCACUGAACAUCUAUGUCAAGUGAUCUUCAACAUCCAUAUUCCUACCCUAGAUUGCUUAUGAUUCCCUCCAUGAAACAAACUACUUAUAUUCGGCCCAAACUCACCUGGAUCAACUAAAACAUGUUCCUGUCUUCUGUA